AUGGGUUUACCAUGGCUGGACCAGCCGGUGAUGUUGCACUCUUCCAGAGCAGAUAGCUGCAAGUUGACUGCAGAGCAAUGCGCCUACCGCAAUGGACAUUGGAGAUACUGGUAUCAAGCCGAUCACGUCUAUGCGCUGAACACGAUCUACUUCCUUUGUGCAACGGUUGGGGUUUUCGUGAUUCUUCAGAUGAUGACCAAGUUUAGCCCCCUGUUUUUGCGAAGGACGGCCAUCUGGAGGAGAGCAACGGCAACAGGGCGAUAUCUUGCCUACAAAAGUUUUCCAUCACCAGUUAUCAACUUUCCGGCCACCGGCGUCUUCAUUUUGAUUGUUAUCGGGGGUGUCUUCUUCCUUGCAAUGACCCUCGGUCCACAACCGUAUUACUGGCCAAAUACUGAGACGGUUUCUUAUGGAGGCAGUCCUCCAAUCGCGACCCGAGCAGGAUGGAUGGCACUGGGCCUGCUGCCUUUCGUCUUGGCCCUCGGAGCCAAAGCCAAUCUUAUUUCAGCGUUGACUGGGGUAACCCAUGAAAAACUUCAGAUCUUCCACCACUGGACUAGUUACGCCAUGUUCGUCCUUGCUUUAGUACAUACGUUUCCGUUUAUUGUCGUUCAUAUUCAAAAAGGCGACAUGGUGAAGCAGUGGAAGACGGAGAUAACAUACUGGACGGGGGUGGCUGCUUUGAUACCACAGGCAUAUUUGACAUUUAUGUCUCUGCCAGCGAUUCGGAACCGAUUCUACGAAUUUUUUAAGGCCACGCAUCUUCUGGCCGCAUUCCUAUUUAUCCUCUUCUUUUUCUUUCACUGUGACUUUCGUCUCUCCUCAUGGGACUAUUUCAUCGCAUCUGUCGCGAUCUAUCUCUUGAGUCUUCUCAUAUCCUUCGCCAAAACCCACCUCAUCCAUGGCCGUCACCGCGCGACAUUCGAGCUUCUCCCCUGCGGCUUCCUCCGUAUCACUGUCCCAACUGUUACCGUUGUGUGGCGACCCGCGCAACACGUCUUCAUCCGUUUCCUCAGUCCUCGACUGGGUCUACACAGUCUUACUGCACAUCCUUUUACCAUAAGCUCUACGUAUCCGACGAAGUUCAACUCAGCGACCAAGCCCAAUUCCAUGUCUGCUAUAUCUUUGGACUCGAUCACAUCCUCAAGCUCGAAGCAGGUACCGAGUAGGAGCAUCUGCCCAAGCUUGACAUUCUACAUCCAGCCCCGCAGCGGCAUCACAGCCCGCCUUGCACAGCUUGCUAGCCGCCACCCGGGAUUUUCUAUUCCUGUCCUUCUAGAAGGGCCGUAUAGCGGAAUAUCCAGAGAUCUCGACAUCUCACGAUUCAGCCAUAUCAUUUUAGUGACCGGAGGUUCUGGAGGUGGUUUCUCCUUCGGAAUUCUGGAAGAGGUCCUGCAGGGGGUGAAAACCGACGCAAAUGUCGAUACAGCGGGGGAGAACUCUACAGCUUUCCCCAGAAUCAGCAUCAUCUUCGCAACUAGAUCUCCAGCAGUAGCAGACUGGUACACCAGCGAGCUCAAUCGGAUUCUGCUGGAUCAUUAUAACGGUUCCCGCAAGAUAGACGUGCACAUCAGCAUCCAUAUCACCUCUCACUCCUCUCCCCCUUCUAACUCACCACCCUCUCAGGCUGCACGGGACGAAGAAGAGAAAUGCAUCAAAACACCCGAAGUAACGAACAAGACCACUAUCACCCCCUCCGAGAAAAUCAAAGAAGGGACCCAGCCAUCGGGCUCAAUCACUACCCUUCCGAUCACAUAUCAUCAAGCGCGUCGACCAGACCUAUCCCAACUCCUCACCGCCGCAGUUCCUGUCACCAGGAGAGGAGGUGCAGAGCAGAAGAUCGGCAUCUUCACGUGUGGGCCUGGGUCCAUGAUCAAUGACGUUCGUAAUGCGGCGGCCGACGCGCAGUUGCGCAUUGGUAGUGGUAAGAUGGCUGGAGUGGCGGAGGUGUAUUUGCAUACGGAGAUGUUUUCGUGA